GCCAAUCCUUCCGAUGCUCAAACCAACCCGCCCCCCCGUACACCGCUACGAGCUGCUGCCGCGACAGUCCGACGACGACUUCGAUGCCCAUCUCGAGCCCUUGGCCGCGACAACGCCGCCGCCCCGGCCAUCGUGGCUUGCCCGUCUGACCAGGCCCUUUAGCAAUGUCAACAAGUUAUCGGAGCGAGCCGUCUACGCCCACUAUGUCACCCCGCGCCGCCGAAAACGAUCCGUCCUGCGACUCAUCUACUACACCGUAUUCUCGAUACCGUAUAUAUUACUAUUCCUUGUGCUGAUCACGGGCAUUUUCUUCCCCAGCUACACGGUCCGCCCGCCGCACUACGACGAAUUGCGAAAGCGCGCAACCACCACCGGCAAGGCCAAUCCCUACAACGAAAAGGUCUUCAUUGCUGCUGCGCUGGCUGAGAAGAAGGGCGACCUGACCUCGGGCGCAUGGGGCAACGAGGUGCUUCAGCUCGUCAACCUGUUGGGCCCCGAGAAUGUGCACCUGAGCAUCUACGAGGACAACGCCGACCCCGUCACAAAGCAGUCGUUGAUCGCGUUCCGCAAAAAGGUCAAAUGCAACUCGACAAUCGUAGCCGAAGAUCUCGACCUCGCUUCUCUGCCCCAUGUUACACUGCCGAACGGUGAGGAACGCCUUAAACGUAUAGCGUUCCUUGCAGAGGUACGCAACCGCGCCUUGGCACCAAUCGAUGAGCACGGUGUGCGGUUUGACAAAGUUCUCUAUCUCAACGACGUCAACUUUGACCCGGUCGAAGCUGCCCAGCUCCUCUUUGCAACCAACAUCGAUGCCACCGGGCGCGCAGACUACGCUGCAGCAUGUGCCGUUGACCACAUCAUGCCCUUCAAGUUCUACGACCGCUUUGCCACACGCGAUUUCGACGGCAUGGUGACUGGCCUGCCUUUUUUCCCAUGGUUCACUAGUGCGGGUACAGCCAUUAGCAGGAACGAUGUGCUCGAGGGCAGGGACGCUGUGCGGGUACGAAGCUGCUGGGGCGGCAUGAUCGCUUUUGAAGCAAAGUGGUUUCAAGCCGGGACCCGAGUUCAAUCAGAUCCUGCGGAUCCACAGAGCCAGUCGCCUAACACCGAAGUGGCCCCUCUCCGGUUCCGCCAAUACAAUGAGACCUACUGGGAAGCGUCCGAGUGCUGUCUGAUCAACGCCGAUCUGCAGUAUCUCAUGUUUGGAAAAGGCAGACCUGCAGAGUCCAGGAUAUACAUGAAUCCGUUUGUGCGCGUGGCCUACGACGAAAAAACAUUGAGCUGGCUCUCUUUGGUUCGUCGACCGGAACGUCUCUAUGCCCCAAUCCACAACAUCCUUAACUACUUUGUUGGAUUCCCCGAGAUCAAAUCGCGCUUUGGCGAAGAGCCUGGCCAAGUCGUUACGGACAAGGUCUGGGUCUACGAUGAUCCGGUGGCCGCCUUUGCACCAAAUGCGACCGAGGCACAGCUUGCGGGGCAUUAUGUCGAACAAACUCGAACGGCAGAAGCCGCUUCGAUAAUAUGUGUCGACCUUAUUAUUCGCCAGUUUCCUGGCAAGAAGAAUUUCAAAAUAGAGCAGAGCAAUGCAUUCCUCUCAGCCGGACUGAGUCUUUCUUUUGGCGUCAUGAUCUUUUCAUCUUUGUAUAGUAUGUUGCCCUCAGCAAAAAGGUAUCUAACAAAGGGUGGCAUGUCACCAAGACAGGCAAUAUUAGCAAUGGUUGCAUGUUUUCUGAUUGGUGCUUUUGGCAUCUCUGUCCUCUCUGGCAUUCUGCACAAGUACAUUCCGCAUUCAGUCGUGGACUGCGACGACGAGCACGGCGAUGAAGAACAGGCAAAGCAUGGAGAAGACCAUGGCCACGUGCAUGGACCGAUGCAGGAACAUCAACCCGGAUUGCCGCAAGCAGAAGCACGCCACGAACAUUUCGCAUUCGGACCCAGCAGCGAGACUUCGAAUGGUAACGUCUCACAGAGACCGUCGUUGCACCAAUCCAUCUCGUCCAAGGUAGCAAAGCUGGUUUCUGGAGCCGAGAAGCCAUGCCAUCAGAAUGAAAAUGGAGAGUGCUACGGCGAUUUCUGCGAGAUACGACCUACGCGCUUGCAGUCGAGGAAAUCUCUGGCCAGCCUAAGCGCCUCACGAUCAUCCGGUGCGAUCAGGAAUCAGAGCUCGCAGGCACCACAUGACCGACGUACCGAAUUGGAAAAUGUUGAUGAGACGACGCCUUUGAUCCCCUCGAAAUCCCUCCCAGCCACCCUAGAAAACUCCGUCGCUAGCCUACCGCCUACAAACAGCCACGCCAAUGCAAACGCCAGGCACAUCACCCCGACGCACAAACACAGCCGCAGUUCCUCGAUAUCCUCGGUAGCAUCGCAUGAUUCCCAUGGCCACAGCCACCACCACGCCCAUGACCUAUCCCAAUCUCAACACCACCACCACGUCCCCACCAACGUCUUUCUGUCGCUCGGCCUGCAGACCAGUACCGCAAUCGCACUGCACAAGAUCCCCGAGGGCUUCAUCACAUAUGCUACCAACCACGCGAAUCCGACUCUCGGCUUCUCCAUCUUCCUCGCCCUCUUCAUCCACAACAUCACCGAGGGCUUUGCCCUCGCUCUCCCCCUAUACCUGGCCAUCCACUCUCGCUGGAAAGCCAUGCUCAUCUCAACCGUCCUCGGAGGCAUAAGCCAGCCCUUGGGUGCCGCCGUCGCCGCACUGUGGUUCAAAAUCCAAGGCAAGGGACGAGACAGCGGCGUCGAAGACCCAGAAAUGGACACCAUUUACGGAUGCAUGUUUGCCCUUACGGCUGGCAUCAUGGCCAUGGUCAGCCUGCAGUUGCUCGGCGAAAGCUUGGAUUUGACAAAUAGCCGCCGCCUGUGCUUUGUCAGUGCCUUUGCCGGCAUGGGUAUCCUGGGUUUGAGCAGUGCGCUUACCGCAUAGCAAAUGUAUAUAUCCAUGAAAAGACAAUGUACUUACAAUGAAGGUCAUGAAAAUACGAAAAGGGAAAUGGAUUUGAACGUGUUGGAUAAAGGGAGUUUUUUUGGGUAAUCAAGGAAGUAUAUGAUUGCAAAGAUGGAAACAACAAAGCUUACAUACAAACACACUUGGAAAGGCAAGGCGUUUUUUUUUGGUUGGUUGGUCUUGUUGUCUUGCAUCAGCGAGCAUUAUAGAAGUUGUUGUUGUUGUUCUUCUUCUUGCUCUUCGUCUUGUAG